AUGACCAACUGGAUCGACUGCACGAACCCAAUAGACAUCGCAAUAAUCGAUGAGGAUCUCAUAAGUGUGUUAACAAAGGAGUCUUUGACCUUGUACUCUACACAAUUUUCGAAUGCUUUGAAGUCGCACAAAAUGAGCAAAGCUGAGAACAUUUUUGCCGACUCGAAAUGUGUUUACAUUACUGGAAAAUCUCCUGAAAUCCAUACAAUCGACAUCGAAACAUCAACAAUGCGAUCAAAAGCAGUUCAGUGUUGUGACGCAUACACUCAAGGUGAGCUGGCAUCAAAAAUUCUAAAAACUUUGUUAGAGAUCUUGUGGCAAUACAGUCGCAAGGAAUGGCUUCUGGGCCUGAUAAAAGGAAAUGGUCCACAAACCAUAUUCGCUCUCCACGGACAGCAUCAUAAUUCAAAAUUGACGCUCACUGAUGUAAACCACUUAUCCGAAUAUCAAUUGAAAUCGUUCCAUCGAUACGGCGUUAAGGACUCAAAACAAGCACUCUUCGAUGUUUUAGACGGAAAAGUUCUUGCAACUGCUUGUAAUUCUGGUAUCCCAAUGCAAUCGUUUGAGUUCCUUGUUUCAAAUUUCAAAGAGCAUUCGCGAAAGCUUUUGGAGAACAUCCGCUCCGCCAAAGCUCGAUGGCAAAAGAACAAAGAUCAAAAAGAAGAAGAGAAAGUAAAGAGUCGUUGGGAGGAAAAUGCGAAAAAAAAUGUGGGCGUGAAUGCCUUUGAUACGAAGUUCACAGAACACGAUUUCACAAUGGACGGUGUCAUCGGAGCAGGACAGUUCGGUUUGGUUUUCAAAGCGAAAUCAAAGAGAACUGGUGAAGCAGUCGCAAUAAAGGUGAUUGUCAAUCGUCGAGACAUAAAAGCAUUGUGA